AAGGAAUCCCAAAGAGUCCCGCGCGCUUCUAUAUAAACCAGUCGACGGCCGUGCGACGAGCCCCAUGAGCAUUGGAUCAUCUCGACUGUCGAUUUCAGCCGUCCUCAUCUCUUCCCUUUUAUUCUUCUCUCGAUCGAUCCUGUCGUCAAUGGCGGAGGCCACCACGAAGCCGGACGAAGCCACCGUGCAAAUCGUCUACGUCGAGAAGCCCGAGGCCGAGGAACCCGAGGCCUUCCACAUCCGAACCCUCGCCGCUGUCCUCGGCAGCGAGGAGGCCGCUACGGACGCCGUGAUCUAUCACUACAAGCAUGCCACGAGCGGGUUCUCGGCUAAGCUGACCCAGUCGCAGGUCGAGCAAUUGUCAAGGCAACCAGGCGUCCUUCAGGUUGUACCUAGUAGGACCUACAACCUCCAUGGAUCCAGAGGAGGCACUUCUGGAGUCAUGGGGUUGUGAGCUCAUCUCGCAGGAAAUAAAUAAUGGAUGUUCGAUAUACAUAAGUGAAGUUUAUCUACAAUGUAGCAAUGACUUGAUAUCUGAAUAAUAGCUCAACCUGGUUGGUCUUCCUGAUGUAUGAUACUGGUUGUGUAAUCUAUCUUUUGUUUUAUUGCAAAGUUAUAUGGAACUGAAACUAAAAAGUUGUUGACGAGAGUUAUGAAAUCCUUUCGUUUAAA